AGCGCUUCCCGUUGGGAAUUUGAAAUGCCUCCCUCCCUCUCAUCACAAAAAGAGACGUUAGAAGGACUUUUAACCUUUUAUGUACAAAACAUUAAUUAUUUUCUUCUUUCAAAUAUUAAAAAUCCCAUUUUACUUUUUUCAAAAAUUCAUGUCUUCCUCAUUUAAUGCUUCAACUAUUCUUCUGAGUUUGAGACCAAUCAAAGAUUACAGCUUUCUUUCACUUCUACUCCCAUUCUUCCCCUUCCCCUUCCCCUUCCCCUUCCCCUUACUUCCGCCCUCACAACCUCAUCUCUUCAGUUUUUCUAUAGCAAAUUCUAUAGUUUUUAGACCCACAAGAUUUGUAAAUUUGGAGUUAAAAGAGUCUUGAUUUUUUCUAGGUCUUGUAAGUUCUUCUCGUUUUUUUUUUUUUUUUAAUUUUUUUUUGUUUGGUUUGUCAGUGGUGCUAUAUGGGAAUCCUUAAUUUUUCUUGCUACGUUUUUGGUUGAUCAGACCCGCAAGCACUAAUGUUCUGGGAAAGUACAGGAUUGGCUAGCAGGAGCUCUUGGGUCAUAUGAUCUUGUGUCUGGAAACAAUGGUUGCUGUUAUAGCUGUUUUUUUCAGGUCAUAAAUUUUGAAGAAAGUUUGAGAUCGGUGAGUGAAUAUGGGUGCUGAGAAACAGGGUUCCAAGAGUGGAGGUUAUGUUGGUGGCUUCCUGCAGUUAUUUGAUUGGAACGCAAAAUCACGAAAGAAAUUGUUCUCUAGCAAGUCUGACAUACCAGAGCAAUCCAAACAGAAGAAGAGAUAUGAUGGGAACUUGCCUAUGACUCGGGUUCAUCUGAACAAUGAGGAUGACACUAUAGCUGGGUCUAGUGUCAAAGGAAGCAGUGAUUACAGUUGUGCCUCGUCGGUGACUGAUGAGGAAUAUUAUGGAAUCAAACCUGCUGGUGUCGUUGCAAGACUUAUGGGAUUGGAUUGCUUACCAUCCUCUAAUUUUUCAGAGCCUUACCCCACUCCAUUUUUCGAUUCCCAGUCUCUAAGAAGCUCUCCUUGCCUUUCGAGAAACCUAGAAUACCAGCAAAAUUUUCAAACAGUAUAUUCCAGCAACCUCCAUGAGAAAAUAGAGGAUCUAGGUAGUAGCUCAUUGCAGCCAAAGCAACAGAAGAUAAUCAGCAGGCCCAUCGAGAAGUUUCAAACGGAGAUUUUGCCUCCUAAGUCAGCUAAAUCAAUCCCAAUCACUCACUGUAAGCUUCUAUCCCCAAUUAAAAGUGCCAAUUCUAUCCCUCCUCAGAAUGCAGCUCACAUAAUGGAAGCAGCUGCCAGAAUACUUGAGGCAGGACCUCAAGCUACUUCAAAAGCAAAACUGCCCCUAAUUGGAUCUUCUUCAGUUCCCUUGAAGAUAAAAGAUUUAAAAGAAAGGGUUGAAGCUUCUCAAAAGGUAACCAAGAUUGCUGAAGCUUCUCGGAGGCCAGCUGAGUCUAAUGCUUCUAAGUACCUAAAAGAUCAACCUAUGAAUAGGAGCUGGAACGGAUCGGCAUACAUAACCAGGCAGAAAGACUUCUCAGAUUCUGAUGAAUCUUUUGUUGGAGGCAAAACUAAAGGAAAAUCUAUUUCACUGGCCCUGCAAGCAAAAGUCAAUGUCCAGAAAAGAGAGGGCCUAAAUGCAGGCAGUGGCAGAAGUGUAGUUGUCCAGAAAGAACCACCAAAUAAAGUCAUUUCAAGCCAGUUGUUUACAAGCCAACCUAGUGCAGAAAAGAACACACAAAAGAAACCAUCUGUACAUAAUAGUUCAAGUGUUCUGCGGCAGAAUAAUCAAAAACAAAAUAGUAUAGCUGAUAAGGGAAAGUCACCUUCUAAGCAAUUUCUUUCCAAUUCACAAGGAAAACGAACACUUAGUGGUGAUUCUUCUUUUGCGCGACAGAGAAGUUCGGGUAAAAUGGCUGAAAACUCUCAAGUCAGUUCCAGGAGGUUGAGCAGAGAGGCUGACGAUAAAAAGGAAGAAACAUAUUCUUGUACUAAAAGUGUGUCGCGUAAGAAACGGCCAAGUGAUGGUGAUAUCCGAUAUGAGAAAAAUCAGGCGUCUGGCAGCAUGUCUACUCAUAAAAGUGGAAAGCUGAUUCAGUCCGGCACAUUCAUGGAUAGGGAAGUAAGUUGGGGUGAGAACAGUAAAGGGAAAGGAACAGACAUUAUUUCCUUUACUUUCAAUGCUCCCCUAACACGAUCGAUACCCAUGCCUAAGCCUCCAAGAGAAGUUUUUGGGAAAAGUCAUGAGUUUAGUACAGAUUUUCGAAGUAUAAAAAUGCAGCUCAAAUCAGAUUGUACGAAUAGUCUUAAGGUUCCUUUUGGGCAUAACUUGAGUGGAGGGGAUGCUUUGAGCACUCUUUUAGAUCAAAAGUUAAGAGAAUUAUCUUAUGUAGUUGAGUCUUCAUGCCAGAAAACAGGAACAUCCAGUAGUUCUUCAUCUAUUUUCCAGGAUGUGUCACCAUCUUUGGAUGGCUUAUUGAAGACCACCAUGUUGCUGCAUGGUAACAGGAGCUAUGAUAACAUGGAAGUGGAUGAUUUAGUCAGCCACUGCAAUGCUGGAGUUUCUUCUAUUGGUUCUAUGGGAAUCACUGGGAAGCACAAGCAUCAGGGGAUUGAAGAGGAACUGAGUGAGUACGGCAGCAGUGAAUUUGAAUGCAGGAAGGUGUUUGGCAGUCGGUUCCCAAGCCCUAUAUCUGUUCUUGAGCAUUCUUUUCUUACUGAAAGUUGCAAUUCUUCAGAUACUGCAGAAAGUAAUAAUACAGGAGCUAGCAAGCAAAGUUCAUCAGUACAAGCUAAAGAAGUGUUUGGUAUUGGUUCAUUUAAGAAGUUCCAUUCUAUGGAACCUGAUGUAGAUUUGCUAGACUCUGCCUCUUCAACUUCUGGUAAAAAGGAAGACGGGAAGCUUCUAAAAAUUGUCUGCCAUAGGAAAUCACUGAAUUGGGAACUGGAAUAUGUGAAGGACAUACUACACAAUAUUGAGUCGAUGUUCAUGGAUUUUGCAGUGGGUAGGUCUCAGGAGAUCAUCAAUUUACACCUUUUUGAUCAACUGGAAAGGGUAAAUGGUCAUGGACAGGAUGAGCUAAAACAAAGACGGAAGGUUAUAUUUGAUUGUGUGGGUGAAUGCUUGGACUUAAGAUGUAAGCAGUAUGUGGAGGGUGGAUAUGUUACAUGGUCAAAAGGUCUAUUGAUGGUUAAAAACAAGAAGAGGCUAGCAGAAGAAGUAUAUAGAGAUAUUUCAGGGUGGAGUGGCAUGGGAAACUGCAUGGUUGAUGAACUCGUAGACAAGGACAUGAGCAGCUACUUUGGAAGAUGGCUGGACUUUGAAGUUGAAACAUUUGAACUGGGAAUACAGAUCGAGAAACGAUUGUUAAAUUCAUUGAUUGAUGAAGUAGUUGCUGACAUCUUGCUACUCUAAGAGAUUAUCUUCAUCCUCCAUCGAAAUCGAUUCUGUCUUGAAUGCACAUUCUUCUUGCAUGUUUUCUUCAUACAUCUCUUAUGUCUUUCUUUCCAGGUAGUAAUUGAGAUAGAAGAAAAAUGAAACCGAUGCCAGCUUUUGGAUGUCCGUCUAUUUCAUUAUGAUUGUUUGUUCGAGGUGCUGUUACAAGAAUAUUAACAUCCACAUUUCAUUUAUCUUGUUUUUUUUUCC